AUGUCACCACUGUUGAGUGGCUACACCCAUGUCAUCGAAAACACGGCCUGCGAUAGCGUCCAGGAAACCGGACAUGACCCACACCAUGACACGUACGAAGCAUACAAUUCGCAAUUUGUGUGCGGCGCGGGGGAAGACAUUUUCCCCUACGAAAGCUUAUCCAACAUUGAAGAGGACCGCGCCCGCAACGAUAGCAGCCACCGCAACGAUAGCAGCCACCACAACGAUAGCAGCUACCGCAACGAUCGCAACGAUCACACCGAUCAGAUGGGAAAAAAAAAACUGAUCAACGAACAUCAGAUGGCUAUGGAGAAGGAGCUCAUUUUUCAAAACGAAGUGCUACGUAAUGUGCUGAAGAGUUCCCAACACGUGAAGGAGAUGCAAAGGGAGCUAUUCAACGUGGAUGUGCGCGACUUCGUGCCGGUGAUUCCCCCGCCGCAGGGGCAGAGCGCGUAUUCUCUCAGGAGGGACUAUCCCCACCAGGGUGACGAAGCGGGUGACAACAUCGAAGGGAAUCGCGAUUCUCACUAUGACGGUCAUAUGGUCAUACGGCAUGGAGAAGACCACCAAAGUGCAGACCGCGGCACGCCCAGCGGUAAGGGGAUCAAAAGUCCCCUCGCAUCGAAGACAAAUAUGCACCCACCCAGAAUAGGCGAAAUCAAAGUCAACAUAGAUGAUAUAAAAAAAGGCCUACUGUCAUACUACUCCAAUAUUUAUUCCUUGGACCAUUACGAUAUAGGGGAAAGAAUUAAUAUAUUGAAGUAUGGUGAGAAAAAUAUUUCUGAACAUGUUCAGGCGAAUUGUUGCUACAAAAAGAGGGAACUCCCUAGAAGGCCUCCUUUUUUGCAUUACAAUGACGAGUUGCACAACCCUAAUUCUUUUACGUCCCAAAGUAUGUUGCCUGACUACUACUACAAGGAGGGGGCUAGUCGUUCCAGGGAAGGAAAGGAGAGGUUCCAUUUGGGCAGUACCCAUUUGGGAAGUACCCAUGUGGAGGAUGACCACAAAAUGGAAGAAACGAAUGCCUUCCUAAGUGAAUACGAUCAUGUCGGACAGAUCUCCGAGCUGCUCAGCAGCCUGAAGAACAAAUGCGCGGACGCGAACUUCAAGGUGCAGAGCCUGACUUCCAAGUUUGACCGGAAGUACGAGAACCCGGACAACCGCUUCUGGGUCCACAACCUGGUUCCGAUGCAUCGCCAAGGGGCAACCUCCAUGUUGAGAAGCAUCGCCGAGGGACAACCUCCACAUGACAUAGAAACGAAUGAUCAAACGGGGUGGUGA